AUUCAACCCAACAUCAUCUCUAGUACGCCGUUCUCGCGGUACCCUAUCCGGAUGUAGCUGCUGCUGCCCAUGCUUGGGAUUAUUGGCUCUCUUUCACAUCUGUGAAGCUCGCACAACCGCCAUCAUGUCUGACUCCGAUUUUGAGGCCGUUCGAAAGCUCCAGGCGGAGCGCAACGCUGCCGCAGCUGGGAGUAAAGGUUCUAGGACCUUUGAUCCGUCUAGCCAGCGCACUGACAACUCGACCAAGGCCUCCAUGACGGAAUCCUUCGACACGACCCUAUACGACCGCGGUGGCGCCGAGAAAUUUGCCGGCUAUGAUACCUCGAUUGCGGUCGACGGCGAGGAUGAGGAGAUGGAAGAUGCCGAUGCCGGCCACCGCUUGGUCGGCCAAUACACUGCCACCACUAGCCAGAUGGACGAGUUCGCCCGCGGAAAUGGGGUCGAGGAAGAAGACGCCCUGCUCGGGCGCGAAAAGGCUGCCCGGAUCGCCGACCGCGAGUCCGAUUAUCAGAAGCGCCGGUUUGACCGCGGUGGCUUGACCCCUACCAGGGCCGAUCCGUUCGCCGCGAACUCUCAGGCCAACGAGGGGGAAGGCCAGAGCUAUCGUGAAGUCAUGGCCCUCCGCGAGCUGGAAAAGGAAGAACAACGGGUUCAGAAGCUGAUCUCUGAUAGACAGGACUCGGGUGAAAAUGGUGUUCCCGAGCAUGAAGCCACCUUGACAGCGGGGGAUAAGGAGAACGAAGACGCCGGUUCGACCGUUGCUGCCACAGGACGCAAGCGCAAGCAACGGUGGGAUGUGUCAACGGAGCCGACCGACGAGAAAGCCGAGACCCCCGAGGCUCCAGAGUCAAAGCCCAAGCGAUCACGAUGGGACCAAACGCCCGUCCCCGGUGCUCCCGAUGAAGGUUCCAAGCGCCGGUCGCGUUGGGAUCAAGCGCCCUCCCUCACUGCUGCCACCCCCGUCGGCAAUGCAGGCCUCGCCACCCCCAUGCAUCCCUCUCAAGCAGGCGCUACGAUGAUUCCAACUAGCUUUGGUACUGAUAUCUCCGGUCGAAAUGCCCCACUGUCGGACGAGGAGCUGGAUAUGAUGUUGCCCUCCGAGGCGGACGGCUACAAGAUCCUGGAGCCUCCUCCGGGCUACGCCCCGAUCAGGACACCCGCACGGAAGCUCAUGGCAACCCCGGCUCCCGUUGCCAGCUCCACUGGCGUCGGGGGCUUCAUGAUGCAGGAGCCCGAGAGCGUUCGCUCGUUGGGCAAGCAGCUGCCCACCGAUAUCCCUGGAGUCGGUGAUCUGCAGUUCUUCAAGCCGGAGGAUAUGGCCUACUUCGGGAAGCUGAUGGAAGGCGGCGACGAGUCCGUCAUGUCGGUGGAUGAGAUGAAGGAGCGCAAAAUCAUGAGACUGUUGCUGAAGGUCAAGAACGGCACGCCGCCCAUGAGAAAGACUGCCCUGCGUCAGCUCACGGACAAUGCACGGCAAUUCGGAGCCGGUCCGCUGUUCAACCAGAUUCUCCCUCUCCUGAUGGAGAAGUCGCUUGAGGAUCAGGAACGCCAUUUGCUGGUCAAGGUCAUUGAUCGUGUGCUGUACAAAUUGGACGAUCUCGUUCGCCCCUACGUACAUAAGAUUCUCGUUGUCAUUGAGCCCCUCCUCAUCGACCAAGACUACUACGCCCGUGUUGAAGGUAGGGAAAUCAUUUCCAACCUGUCCAAGGCGGCUGGUCUGGCCACCAUGAUCAGUACCAUGCGUCCCGAUAUCGACCACGUUGAUGAGUACGUGCGUAACACGACUGCUCGAGCGUUCGCCGUCGUCGCCUCUGCCCUUGGUAUUCCCGCCCUCCUGCCGUUCCUGCGUGCCGUCUGCCGCAGUAAGAAAUCGUGGCAGGCCCGGCACACUGGUGUCAAGAUUGUCCAGCAGAUUCCCAUCCUCAUGGGCUGCGCCAUCCUUCCUCACUUGAAGGGUCUGGUUGACUGCAUCGCUGAUAACCUUAGCGAUGAGCAAGCCAAGGUGCGAACAGUCACGGCAUUGGCCGUGGGAGCUCUGGCUGAGGCGGCCAACCCUUACGGUAUCGAAAGCUUCGAUGAGAUCCUUAACCCCCUGUGGACGGGCGCCAGGAAGCAGCGUGGCAAAGGACUGGCUGCGUUCCUCAAGGCCGUCGGCUAUAUCAUCCCGCUGAUGGACGAGGAGUACGCCAACUACUACACCAGCCAGAUCAUGGAGAUUCUUCUCCGCGAGUUCUCUUCCCCAGAUGAGGAGAUGAAGAAGGUGGUUCUCAAGGUGGUUUCGCAGUGCGCCAGCACGAAUGGUGUGACGGCGGGGUACCUCAAGGAGCAUGUUCUGACAGAUUUCUUUAAGAGCUUCUGGGUGCGGCGCAUGGCUUUGGACAGAAGAAACUACCGCCAGGUGGUCGACACGACCGUCGACCUUGGACAAAAGGUGGGCGUCGGCGAGAUCCUGGAGCGUGUGGUGAACAACUUGAAGGACGAAAGCGAGCCAUAUCGAAAGAUGACUGUGGAAACUGUGGAGAAGCUCAUUGCCUCCCUCGGGGCUGCCGAUAUCUCGGAAAGACUGGAAGAGCGGCUGAUCGACGGUGUUCUCCACACAUUCCAGGAGCAAAGCAUCGAGGACCUCGUUAUUUUGAACGGGUUCGGAACCGUCGUGAAUGCGCUCGGCACCAGGUGCAAGCCGUAUCUGCCGCAGAUCGUCAGUACCAUCCUCUGGCGACUGAACAACAAAUCCGCUACGGUCCGUCAACAGGCCGCAGAUCUCAUUUCACGGAUCGCCAUGGUCAUGAAGCAAUGUGGCGAGGAUGCGCUCAUGGGCAAGCUUGGUAUCGUGCUGUACGAGUACCUGGGUGAAGAAUACCCCGAAGUGCUUGGUUCGAUCCUGGGAGCUCUGCGUUCCAUUGUCACCGUCGUGGGUAUCAACCAGAUGCAACCGCCCAUCCGCGACCUCCUCCCCCGUCUUACGCCCAUCCUGCGAAACCGUCACGAGAAGGUGCAAGAGAACACCAUCGAUCUCGUGGGUCGUAUCGCCGAUCGCGGACCCGAAGCGGUCAACGCCCGCGAGUGGAUGCGUAUCUGCUUCGAACUGCUCGACAUGUUGAAGGCCCACAAGAAGGGCAUUCGCCGUGCUGCCAACAACACGUUCGGUUUCAUUGCGAAGGCCAUCGGUCCUCAGGAUGUCCUGGCCACCCUCCUGAACAACCUUCGCGUGCAGGAGCGCCAGUCUCGUGUGUGUACAGCCGUCGCCAUCGGUAUCGUCGCGGAGACAUGCGCCCCGUUCACCGUCCUUCCAGCGCUGAUGAACGAAUACCGCGUGCCGGAGUUGAACGUGCAAAACGGUGUGCUGAAGGCCAUGUCCUUCCUGUUCGAGUACAUCGGCGAGAUGGCCAAGGACUACGUCUACGCGGUGACGCCCUUACUCGAGGACGCGCUCAUUGACCGGGACCAAGUGCACCGACAAACAGCCGCCAGCGUCGUCAAGCACGUCGCGCUAGGCGUGGUCGGCCUCGGCUGCGAAGACGCCAUGGUGCAUCUCCUCAACCUUGUCUUCCCCAACAUCUUCGAAACCAGCCCACACGUGAUCGACCGGGUGAUCGAGGCCAUCGACGCGAUCCGCAUGGCCGUCGGCACAGGCGUCGUGAUGAACUACGUCUGGGCAGGCCUGUUCCACCCGGCGCGCAAGGUGCGCACGCCCUACUGGCGACUGUACAACGACGCGUAUGUGCAGAGUGCGGACUCGAUGAUUCCUUACUACCCCAACUUAGACGAUGACGGAUUGGCGCGCUCGGAGUUGGCGAUCAUUGUAUGAACAAAAGCUCGUCGUUUGGAUGUACUUUCUAUUGCACUUGUUUCUUUCUUUGCUACUGUUUCUAGCAUUCGCUUGGGCGGUUUUGAUUUGCGACGGUGUUUCGUUGCUGGCGGGUUGGGAUAUGUAUCUAAUUAGGAGCGGAUAGUAAUGGAUUCUCCAU